ACCUUCACUGGAAACCUUCUUAUUUUCCAACAAACAAACCACAAAAUACAAAUUCACGUUGUUGAAAACAAACAACAUACGUAUCUCGUUUCUGUUUUUCAGGAAAAAAGCAAAAUAAAAGAGCAAAACAAAAACAAAACCUUUCCUCUUCUUCUGUUUUGUUAUUUCUUGAGAAUCUGAUUCUUAUAAAAAAAAAUAAUCGUUUUUUGAGGAGAGAAUCUUAUACCCUUAUGGUGUUUGAUGAAAUGUGCAAAAGUGGUUUGUCAAAUUUCGCUUCUGUUGCUCGAAUUGAAUCAUUUUGAAUCGAGUUUUUGAGUUUGAAUUGCGGUUUUGAUUCGAGUUUGGAGUUUGGUUUUGGUAUGUGAUUUGAAGUGGUUGGAGGUAUAGGGUAAAGGGAUGGCUCGAGAUGGUAGCGUUGUCCCUGCUGACCCACAGGCUCUUGUGAAGAAGAAGACACAGUCUUCUAGAAGCUGGAUUGCUUUUGAUGGUACUGGCCAAGGGUCUUUGCUUGAUGUGGACAAGUAUGCUAUCAUGCAUAGGGUUCAGAUUAAUGCACGUGAUCUUAGAAUCCUUGAUCCCUUGCUCUCUUACCCCUCUACUAUUCUCGGUCGUGAGAAGGCUAUUGUUCUUAACUUGGAGCAUAUCAAGGCGAUUAUCACUGCCGAUGAGGUAUUGCUGCGAGAUCCAACAGAUGAACAUGUGGUCCCUGUUGUUGAGGAACUGCAGAGACGAUUGCCCAAACUGAGUGACAUUCAUCAACUACAAGGAGAUGGUAAAGAAUAUCUCGGUGGUCAACACGAUAACGAAGCUGCUGAAGAAGAUGAGUCACCGUUUGAGUUCCGUGCGCUGGAGGUGGCUUUAGAAGCCAUUUGUAGUUUUCUUGCUGCACGUACAACUGAGUUGGAGAUGGCUGCUUAUCCUGCAUUAGAUGAACUUACCUCCAAGAUUAGUAGUCGUAAUUUGGACAGAGUUCGUAAGCUUAAGAGUGCAAUGACAAGAUUGACUGCUCGGGUUCAAAAGGUCAGAGAUGAGCUUGAACAAUUGCUGGAUGAUGAUGAUGAUAUGGCUGACCUAUAUUUGUCUAGAAAGGCAGGUUCAGCAUCACCAGUUAGUGGAUCAGGUGCAAACUGGUUUGCUGCCUCCCCAACUGUAGGAUCAAGGAUAUCCAGAGCAAGUAGAGCAAGUAUUGUAACAGUUCGUUUAGAUGAAAAUGAUGUUGAAGAGCUCGAAAUGUUACUUGAGGCUUAUUUCAUGCAAAUUGAUGGCACAUUAAACAAAUUAACCACGCUGCGAGAGUAUAUCGAUGAUACCGAAGAUUACAUUAACAUUCAACUUGACAACCAUCGUAAUCAGCUUAUUCAGUUGGAGCUCUUUCUUAGCUCUGGAACUGUUUGCCUAGCUUUCUACUCUCUGGUGGCUGGUAUUUUUGGCAUGAACAUCCCAUAUACUUGGAAUGAUGACCAUGGAUACAUGUUCAAAUGGGUAGUUAUUUUCUCAGGAGUAUUUUCUGCUAUUAUGUUUCUCAUGAUUAUCAUCUAUGCUCGCAAGAAGGGGUUGGUUGGAUCAUGAAAAUCAAUAUGCUGGAAAAGGGGCGUAGAGAAUGAACUUUAGGACUACUACAUAUGGUCUAAUGGUAAUGAUUCAUGUUACAAACCUUAUAUAUUGAUGAUUACUCAAGAUUUUGGCAAUUUUUUUUCAAGAUUCCUUAUCCCAAAGUUGAUAUGGAGCUGGUGUUAGCCUAGCAGAUCUGCAAUAACCUCAACUACUUUUGUCAGUUGGAUUCUAGCAUCAAAACAAAACUACAUAUCCAGUACUGAUUUUUUUAUUUUAUUUUUAAUUUUGAAUAAUAUUAAUCUUUUUCUUUCUUUGUUAAUAUAAUACUAUUUUUCUUGUUAACUUCAUGUAAACAUGAAUCAGAUAAACGUAAAUAAAUUUGUAUGCCGAUCCGAUCCGAUCUAGCCACUUAAUGGGGUUUUGUUCCCAAUUUCUUUGUAUUUCAAUCAAAUUUGUAAAAUUCUACUCUCGUACCA